AUGAGUAACAGGACACCCAAGUUAGAUUCGAGUGGACAGUCCGCCAAGAAGAGGGGCGAAAACAAAAAACCAGAUGAACCAACUCCUUCGCGGAGGAGAUCUGCCCGAUUGUCGGGAAAUGAACAAACGAGCAAACCCAGUCUGAUUCAGGUGGUACCAGUGGUUGCCAAACGUUCAACAAUCACCGUCAGAAAAAUCGCACCGAGGAAAACCCAGGUUCCAUCACAGGAAAACAAAGAGAAUGUGGAGCGACCAUCUGACGUGACCGCCAAGAGGUCCAAAACCUUCUCCCCACCCCCAGCUCCGCUCUCCAAGCCCCCCAAAGUCCUGUCCCCCAUCCUGCCCCCCAGGUCACCCCCGGCUCAGUCCCAAGACGAAUCCCAGGAUGCCCUGUGGUCCCAGAAGGUCCGGCGUUCCUACAGCCGACUCAGCGCGGGAGACGCCUCCUUCGAGAGUCCCAAACACCUGGCUUCGUCCUCCCCGUCUCCCAGCCAUCGAGAGACCCUGUUUGGCUUCGAGAAACUCCUGACCCCCGAGGUGAACCGAAAAGCCAACCUUUCCAGAGGGGCACCCCAGGCCUCGUCCUCUCUCUGUGGGGGUUCAUUUAACGCCUCCGCGGCCGACGAGAAUUCAGCCUGCGCUGAGCCCGAUCCCAACAUCCCUGGAGUCGCCCUGUCCAAAAAAAACCUGAGGAGGAAGAGGGUGCAACAGAUAAAGAUGUCAGAGUUUGAUGUUCUGGCUGCAAAAAUGAAUGCAGAGUUUCAAGAAGCAGAAAGUUUUGAGUUGGUGGUGGAGUGA